AUGAACCAAGUGGAUCCGCCAAUCGAGAAAAUUACAUGGACCUUCUCAGUUUUUUUAGCAAAAUACGAUGAUGCCAUAAAAAAUCAUUUUACUGAUUCGACGACUUUCCGAGGUACUUCAAACAGAAUCCAAAAUGAUUUAUUUAAAUGCACUGCCGACGUUGUGAUGGAUCACAUUAAAAGUGAAAUUAAAAAAGCACCUUUCGAAUCAAUUGGGCUUGAUGAAACCACAGAUGUAGCAAACUUAAGUCAAUUAUCCAUUGUUGUGCGAUAUAUAUUGGAUGGCAUUUCUCAAGAGCGAUUCUUAGGAUUUUUGGACGUCACUAGCGAACGAACUGCAAAUGCAUUAUUUAAAAUUGUUUGUGACAUUAUUUCAAGUUAA